ACAUAGUUAUUUAUAGUUCUGUUGUAAAUAAAUAGAUUUUGAAAUUUCUUUAAAGAGUUCAAAAUUUCAGAUAAAAUGGACGUGUUAGACGACCUCAUACCAACAAAUGACCACAUUUUUAAACAUCCGUUCCCUUCUCUUGAAAUCCCUGAAUUUUACCAUUUUCCCAUCGAAGAUGGCAAUUUCGGUGAUCUUGAGUUCCUUGACCUUGCAAGUGACAGAUUACUUUGUAAGUCUAAAAAUCCCGCCCAGUUCUCUGAUAUAUACUUUAAUUCUUUGGCAACCCCCUCAGGAUACUGCUCUGCUAAUUAUCUUACUGAAGAGGCAAAUAGACUUUCGCUACUUCUCUCAGAGUCUGGAGAAAGAGAAAAAGGAGAUGUUCUGGACCGGUCAUUGAUUGAAAAUUUAGAGGAAUUGUUCGGAGUUGGUAACCAAACCAGUAAACCCAGCGUUACGAUUGACGAACAGCUUCCAAAUGUUCUUGGAACUAUGGACCAUAAGCCGAGUUACGAAGUUGAAUUCGAGGUUACUUCUGAUGUUCUGAAUAUUAUGGCGAAAAACUUUGAAAAUCUUGAAGGUUUAAUCGACAAGAGCCACAAUAUUCCAAGUCAAAUUUCUGAUGAUAAUGUUGAUAAAACUAUAACAAUCAAAUCUGUCUGUCUACAUUCUUCCCCAGAACCCCCAGCAGGAGCUGUAGCAAAGAUUAUUCUCAUCUCCAGCAAGAGUCUAAACAUGACAAAAAUUACCUUUUCUUCCAUAGAUGAUACGGAGCAGCAUUCAUUUUGCAUUCACACUGCAAACAUGAGGAAGGCAGGAGAAACGCUCCGAAAUUACCACCCGGAUAACUUGCAAGUGCUUAGAAGACUUCUCAAAUUACCAGCUUCAGGCUUACCAAGAUCAGAGAAGUUGCCUGAUACUGGACGUGACCUAGAAGAUAUAUCAAAUCCUUCAUUUGCCCAGAACAGUUCAUUGUCUUUCCCAAUACAAUGGAAACCUUUGCCUAAGGAACAAAAUGAAGAUAAGGGAUCCUGUGAUAAACUAGGGCCAGGCAAAAGUAACCCGUUAUCUUGUGAACUGAGAAAAAAAACCAGCGUCUUCAUACAUUCAUCAGACAUGCAAUUGAAAUUAGACCUAGAGAACAUGGGUAUCGACUUAGAGAUAAAAAAAAUAAAGGUCGGAGAAGAGACAUACUUAUGCUGUUCAUACCAAGACUGUACAAAAGCCUACAGUAGUGGAUACGAAUUGAAGCUGCACAUAAUGACACAUUUUAACAUUAAACCUUACAAAUGUGAUCACUCUGGCUGCACAUGGAAAUUUGUUACUGCAUUCAAAUUACAGAGACAUAAAAAAUCGCAUGAAAAACAAAAGGAGUUUAAGUGCACAUACAAUCAAUGUGAUAAAAUGUUUUCUACUCAAUACAAUCUGACAGUUCACAUUAAAAACCAUGGAAAGCUUCAAGGUUUUGUUUGUUCUCAGUGUUCUCAAGUUUUUACGGGAAAGAAAUUGUUAGAGGAGCAUUCUUCCAGGUUCCAUCCCCUGGUCCCCAAACCGUUCUCCUGUAAGUUCCCAGGGUGUGACAAAAGCUACUUCAAUAAGAGUCAUCUUCAAUCCCAUUCCAGGUUUCACAACUCUCCAUCCUACACCUGUCAAGCAGAGAAUUGUGGGAAAAGGUAUUCAACCAUUCAUCAUCUCCGCAACCAUGAACUCACUCAUUCAGAAAAACAGAGAUAUACUUGUCACGAAGAAGGUUGUAAUCAUAGUUUCAAGUCCUUGUCGAAGCUCCAACGCCAUCGCAAAACACAUGAAGAUCUUGCCUUUGUUUGCAAUGUCUGUCAAAAAUCGUUUUACCGUUCCGACCAUCAUCGAUCCCACACUCUCACACAUAACCUAGAAAAACCUUUCCAAUGUUUGGCUGACUUUUGUGAGAAAAAGUUUGCAGGACGGAUCUUGCUUCUUGAUCACGUAAGAAAGGUUCACCGAAAGAGGAAUGAGAGAACCUCGUCCUUAUUGUGCCCAAUGACUGACUGUUCUCGUAGGUUUGUUUCUCGAAUGUCGUUUGAGAGUCAUUUGACUGAACAUGGAAAAGGAUUACAGGAAGGCAACCUCUCCGAACCUCAUGAAUCCUCAUCACAUCUUGAUUUUGUAUCCCUUCUUUCCUCUGUCGGAGAGGAUAUUCUAUUUCCGGAUGAGCUAUCUUGUCCUGAAUAUGAGAUUUCCUCCGACCUCGUUGAGAAAAGACACAUUCAAAGUUCUGAUCUUCCAGUUAUUCUACACCCACAACAAGAUGCUUCCGAGGAUUACAUUGGAAACAAGAAAUCGAUCCCGACAGAGCUGCCAGGAAGUGAAGAAAUAUUCAUUACAAUCCAAUCUCAGGAUAAUUCAAAUUUUGAUCAUGGCCAUGAGAAUGUAAUAACCGUAAUUCAGUCGGACAAUGGACUCUACUCUUUGCCGAACCUGGCACACUUAUCCAAUCUGACAAGCCAACAAGAAUCGCAGUAUUUGGUUGAAGCGAUGAAUGGCGAGGUGGAAAUUCUUAUCGACGAACCUAUAAUAUUUGAACGUAAUGGUCAGAUCUUAGAACCUGAGGAAGAACUCGAACUCCCUUGUAUUCAAGCUAGUAGCACAUUGAGUCCAGCAAUGGAAGGGUUUGAAACAAAUUUAGAAAACUUUGCCGAGGAAGUCACAUUUUUGGAAGCUAAUAAGCAAUCCAAUCUAGGUGUUACCCAAGCGGAAUCUAGUGAUGAAGUGUACCUGGCUCCAUUAGUAAAACAUUCAACAAUAAACCUUCAAGAUCUCAAUUAGAAUAGAUAGCAAUAUUCGUAUGUUUUUCAGA